AUGGCGAUCGCCAAUGGGAGGAGAGAGCUCGUUUAUUCCGAUGAGGUAGGCGGUGCCGCCGCCGGCGACGUGGUGGCGUGGGGCGGCGGAGAGAAUGACGACGACGACGACGACGACGGUGGCGACGUAGCUCCGGCGGCGUGA